AUGUCUUCUGCUGUUCAAUUGCUUCGUGAUCAAGUCGCAAAAGAGCUCCAAGGCUCUGUCACCAUCAUCGUGCUUGGUGCUUCUGGUGAUCUUGCCAAGAAAAAGACCUACCCUGCCUUGUUUGGCCUCUAUCGCAAUGGCUUCUUGCCUGAAAAUGUGCAGAUUGUUGGCUACGCACGCACAAAGAUGGAUCAUGAGGAAUACUUGAAGCGUGUUACUCAAUACAUUAAAGUGGGCGAUGAUCAGGCCAAAUUGGACGAAUUCAAGUCUAUCGCUAGCUAUGUUUCUGGUCAGUAUGACGAUGAUGCCUCUUACCAAAACUUGGACACGUUCAUCCAAGAGAGCGAGACGAAGCGUGGCGUUCCAAGCGGCAAGAAGAAUCGUGUCUUUUACAUGGCCCUGCCUCCCUCUGUCUUCAUCCCUGUUGCCAAGGGAUUAAAGCGUAAUGUAUAUGCAAAGGAGGGUAGUAACCGUCUCGUGGUCGAGAAGCCUUUUGGUAUGGACUCUGAGAGCUCAAAUCACCUUGCCAAAGAAUUAGGCGCACUCUUUUCAGAGAAUGAGAUCUAUCGUAUUGAUCACUAUCUCGGUAAGGAAAUGGUCAAGAAUGUCAUGAACCUUCGCUUUGCCAAUGUCUUAUUUGGCCAUGCAUGGGAUCGUACCUAUAUCGAUAAUGUGCAAAUUACCUUCAAGGAGCCCUUCGGCACUGAGGGUCGUGGUGGCUACUUUGAUGAGUUUGGUAUCAUUCGUGAUGUGAUUCAAAACCAUUUACUCCAGGUUCUCACAUUAAUCGCCAUGGAGAGACCCAUCUCCACAGAUUCUGAAGCCAUUCGUGACGAAAAGGUCAAGGUCCUCAAGUGCAUUCAACCCAUCGCUAUCGAAGACACUCUGUUGGGUCAGUAUGUUGGUGCUAACGGAAAGCCUGGCUACCUCGAGGACGAGACACUCAAGAACAAGGACAGCCUUACACCUACUUUUGCUGCUGCAGUAUGCUGGAUCAACAAUGAGCGUUGGGAGGGUGUUCCAUUCAUCUUGAAGGCUGGCAAGGCCUUGAACGAAGCCAAGGUUGAAGUGCGUCUGCAGUUCCACCACGUUGCUGGUAAUUUGUACGGCGGUUCUGCUCGUAAUGAGCUUGUCAUCCGUAUUCAACCUAAUGAAGCUGUCUACAUGAAGUUCAACAACAAACAACCUGGUUUGUCUUACCAAACCAUCCAAACAGAUUUGGAUUUGUCUUAUCACUCUCGUUAUGCCGAUUUAUCUAUUCCCGAUGCUUACGAAUCACUUAUCCUUGAUGUCUUGCGUAACGACCACUCCAACUUUGUGCGUGAUGAUGAGCUUGAUCGUGCCUGGAAGAUUUUCACUCCCUUGCUGCACAAGAUUGACAGACACGACGCUGAUGUGCAAAUCAAGCCUUACAAGUAUGGCUCAAGAGGUCCCAAGGAAUUGGAUGACUUUGUCAAAAAGUACGGUUACCAUCGCGAUACCAAGGUGAACUAUCAAUGGCCUCUCCAAAACGUCAACCCCUCUGCCAACAAGCUUUAG